AUGUCCACAUCACCUCCAUCGGAAAAUCUAGCUCCUGCCUUCCACACUGAUGUAAAACAGGUUGUGGAGAUCAAGUUAGACGACUCGUCUGACCUGAACGCGAACCAAAUUGCUAUUUCGUCCAUUAGCAAGAAUGAACCGCUUGUAACCAGAAGGAGUUGUGGAGCUACUACCGUGCGUUCUAAUACACGUGCUUCCUCCUUGCUAUUCCUUGACCAAGUUAAACAUCAGUAUACUCUAACGGUGGCAAUGGUGUCGGUUUGGGCUAUACACAGACCCUGUUCCAAGGGCUCGCCACAGCAGGCGGGCUAUGAUUCCGUCGCAGGUCCUGGCUCAUCAUGUCUUGCAGAUACUGCGUCUGGCCAAUGCGUAGUUCCCUGGGGUAGCGGAACAAAUUUCGCUAUCAUGACAGCUAUAUUAUCUACCAUCGGUUCUGCUGCUGACUAUGGUACAUUCGGACGGUGGUUGCUGUUCGCUAUCACAAUAGUGUGCUGGGCUGCACAAUAUGCUUGUAUGGCACUUACCACACCAAAACGAUGGGUCCUUGCGAUGGUUCUGUACAUCAUCGGUUUCGUCUCAUACAGCAUCACUCUGGUUUUCUAUGCCGCUCUAUUCCCUCGCCUCGCACAAAAUACACCACAUGCACGCCAGUCUAGAGAGAAGUAUGAAAACGGCGAGAUUCCUCCUGAAGUUUACGAGCAAGAAGAGUCGUUGGAAAAGAAUAGGAUUACUGAUAUAUUUACUGUUCAUAGCAAUAUCGGAUUUGUAACCACACUACUGCUGAACUUGGCGCUUUUGCUGCCAAUGGCGAACAACCCCAAGGUAGACAAUUAUGUGAUUGUGGUUGUCAACACGUAUUGGGUGGUAUUAGGUAUCUGGUGGUGUGAGUAUGCAUUGGCUAGUCUUUCUGAGCUUCCUGCUGAGAACCUUCGAGUUGUCUUCCAGGAACCCAGGCCAGGCCCCAAACUGCCUAAAGGUGAACAUUACUUGACCAUUGGAUGGAAGCAGAUCUGGGCUGCGCUGAGAACGUACAAGCAUCUCCCUACACAUUUGUGUAUCUGUUCUCCUACUUUCUUCUUGCAGACGUACUGUUUAACUGGGCUCAAUACUACUGGAACCCUCGUUGCCAUAUGUCAGAACGACAAGUUCAGUUUCUCGUUCCUGCAAAAUACCUACCUGGGCUUGUCCCAGGCGAUUACUUCGACAAUCAGCACUCUCGCCUUUUGGUACAUUCAGAGAUAUUGGAAGAUUAGCACGAAGAAGAUGUUUGUGGUCACGAAUGUUGUCACAAUUUUGAUUCCGCUAUGGGGAAUGAUCGGAAUAUGGACAGAAAAACUUGGGUUCCAUAACGUAUGGGAGUUCUGGGCGUACAAUGUGAUGUUUGGCCUCUUCCAGGCGCCCUAUUACGCGUACUCUCUGACAAUGAUGGCUGAGCUUAGUCCGCCAGGUUUUGAUAACAUGUUCUUCGGUCUCUUCGGUCUGUCCAACCGCGCCUCUUCCAUGGGGUUCCCGUUCCUCUUUGCGAUGUGCACAGCUGCCUCUGUGGUGAUCUGGUUCGGGGUUGAUAUCACGAAGGGGCGGAGGGAUGCUGUGAGGUGGGCGGCUGAGCAGCGCAAGCAUAUACACUAG